UUGGUAGUUUGGAAAGUUGUUACUCGAUUUUAUUCAGUCGCAACCACAGACACCAAUACGUUGUCAUCAAUAACCUCUCCCCACAAGGCACUAUACUAGAUCCUCUCAUAUAUAUAUGCAAACAAGCCUGAAUGGUCCCCAGGACUAUAUACAGUAUACUGUAUAUAUUUAUACAGUAUAUUCAAUUACCAUCAUGUUAGCUGGAGACUUAAACUUUAGGACACAAUCUAGAUGUGUCCUAAAGUUAAGUCUCUGCUCCUGUUAAAAUUGACACAUGACACUUCUAUGUUCAUUGCAUAUACAUAUGUGAGAGCCAGUGAGCAUCAAGAUCUGAUUUUUCUGUGCAAUGUAAAAUGGGCAGUAUGGACAAUGAGUGUGGUUAAGGAGCUACAGUUUCAGGAACUGCCAACAGGAGAGCAGUUGGUGACGCCAUUUGGUAUAUUUAGAGUUCGGAAUGGCAUUGCAAUUGGCAGAUGUUGUGAAGUUUAUGAUGGUGAAGACUGUGUUACUGGAGAGGCGGUGGCAUUGAAGGUGUUUCGUCGCUAUCAGCAAUAUAGAGGAGCACUCCAGCGUGAACUCUUCUUCCUCCAUACCUUGAAUGCCUCAGGGGCUCCGAUUGUCAAACACAUUGGAGAAUUGGAGUGGGAAGGAAGGGAUGUGCUGGUGCAGGAGCUGUUGAGCCUCACUGUACGGGAUAUAUUGUUGUGCCAGGAAGGUGGCGCGUGCUCCCCAUGGUUUGUCAUUACACUUACUACUCACAUCCUCAAGGGUCUGAAGCAUCUGCAUGAUAAUGGUGUUGUUCAUGCAGAUCUAAAGCCACCUAACAUCUUAUGGGAUGCUCGCACUGCUACCUUCAAACUUGUAGACUUUGGAGUGAGCUUUACUACUUCAGAACAGUUUCUUCAUGCAGUACAAAGCAAAGGUUACCAGGCUCCAGAAUGUGUAAAGUGGAAUAGAAGAGUAUCAGAUCCAAUAGGAACUACAUUGCAGGUAAAGCGACCAGGACCACCUGCAGACAUUUGGAGUGCUGGCUGUAUCAUUGUUGAGUCAUUGACCGGGAUUCGGUUAUUUUCUGAUUCAUUGAAAUUUGAGGAUGUUGAUGGAAGAUUAAAGUCUGCCUUAUCAACUGUAUGCAAGAGUUAUCCACUGACCUUCCUAAAGGAGACGUACAACUUCAUCACCAGAUGCUUACAGAUAAUUCCAGAGGAAAGAGCUAAUGCUUGGGAUUUACUGUGUGACCCAUGGUUGAUGUAUCACUGUCGCCCAUCAUACAGUGACCUCAUGAUCCUUCCAACAGCUGUACUUCGUAUUCUCAAUGUGACAGAUGCUAGUUCCUCUGACUGUGCAGAUGUUGAAAAAUCGCUAUUGAACUUGUGUAAGAAAUAUGGUGAUGUGACCGGCUACCACUUGGAACUAGUGACUGGUAAUUUUUACGUUCGGUACGAAACUGCAUCAUUGGCAGAAAUAGCAUUGCAACAGAUGACAGAAAUGGUGUUCAGUGAUCGAACAUUAAUUGUUACUUUUUAUCCUCUUAUCUCUUGGGAGAAUGAGGAAUUUUAUUAGUUUUAUGUUAUCACAUCUUUCCUCAUAAGAAUAAUAAUCUAAUACAGUAAUAUAUUUACACUAGUCUGCAUUAGUACAAAUUAAAUUAAUGUAUAUAUUUUAAUAAAUGUAUUUUUAUCCGCUUCAAAGUGGGAAAGAUAUAUGUACAGUAUAUCCAUGUGACAAAGGGGUCAUGCUGAUGGUUUAACAAAACAAAACUAAGCCUAGUAGAGAAAGACAAAGGUAAACCCUUGAAUGCAUGAUAGUUUGAAUUUUUGAAUUUUCUGUACUACAGCAUAUUAAUAUUAUUAUACUUAAACAAAUCUUGUAAAUUUGAAAGUCAUAUUUAAAAUCUUUCUGAUCUUUCUGAUUAACAAUGCAAAAACUAAAAUGUAAAAAAAAAAAAUCUAAAACACUGAGAAUCUCAGUCUCUUUUGUGUCUGGGAGUACGGAUGAGAGAGUGAGUGAGUGAGUCCCAUAAUCUAUGCUUGGAAAAUACUUCACAGUAAAGUUUUUAAUCUGCAACAGCUUACUGGAAUGAAAAGUAUGGAUGCCAUGAACUUCACCCAUGAAUACUGUACUAUGUCAACAUUCGAGGUCCAUGACUUCAUACAUGUCAGGAAAUACAGUAGACUCCCA